AAACACACUCCCUCUCUCCCUCUCUCCCUCUCCCUCUCCCUCUCCCUCUCCCUGUCUCCGAUCUCCACUCAAAAUAUUGAGGGGAAAAUUACAAGAAAUAUCGGGAAAAUCUUGAAAAUAGGAAAUUUGAUCAGAUCAGAAACAGUCCACGGCUGUCUGCCUUCAGUUAUUUUUUGUUUGAAGGAAGAAAAAAAAUCUGAUUUGAGUUUCGUAACCGAACUCUAAGGAUAAAGAACCGCGCUUGAUUUGUUUUCGGUUUCGUUACGAACACUUCCGAGGAGCAAAUUUUAUGUAGCUGAUCUCACUAGUUUGAACUUGAAGUUAAGCUGUGGACUUUUUGAUUCAACAGGAAGAUAGGUGCUUGGAUGGGAUGGGCAGCUGCACUACGUAGUAUUUAGUGGAUAGCCAAUACUAGUGUCUAUAAAGUUUACCUGGCUGAAUUAUGGCAUCUGCAAGCCUAGGAAAUGGAGGAGUGGGUAGUUCCAGAUCUGUUAAUGGUUUCAAAAGCUCAUCUAGUUCUGUUGAUUGGCUGGGGAGAGAAAUGCUUGAAAUGAGACUCAGAGACAAGGUGGACAAUGAUGAAGACAGAGAUAGUGAACCAGAUAUAGUUGAUGGAGUGGGUGCUGAAACAGGACAUGUGAUAAGAACAACCAUUGGUAGUCGGAAUGGUCAAUCAAAACAGAAUGUUAGUUAUAUUGCUGAGCAUGCUGUUGGUACUGGUUCUUUCGGUGUUGUUUUCCAAGCAAAGUGUCGUGAAACUGGGGAAAUUGUUGCCAUCAAGAAGGUUCUUCAAGAUAAGCGCUACAAAAAUAGGGAGUUGCAGAUUAUGCAAAUGCUGGAUCAUCCAAAUAUUGUUGCUCUUAAGCAUUAUUUUUUCUCAAAAACAGACAAGGAAGAACUCUACCUCAAUCUUGUUCUGGAGUAUGUACCUGAAACUGUUCAUCGUACAGCCAGAAGCUACAGCAGGAUGAACACACGAAUGCCUUUGAUAUAUGUUAAACUAUAUACCUACCAGAUAUGCAGAGCACUUGCCUAUUUACACAACUGCAUUGGUAUAUGUCACCGUGACAUCAAACCUCAGAAUUUACUUGUGAAUCCACAUGCACAUCAGUUGAAACUUUGUGAUUUUGGGAGUGCAAAAGUGCUUGUGAAGGGAGAACCCAAUGUUUCUUACAUCUGCUCAAGAUAUUAUCGUGCUCCAGAACUCAUAUUUGGUGCCACUGAAUACACAACUGCGAUAGAUAUCUGGUCUACUGGUUGUGUGAUGGCUGAAUUGCUUCUUGGACAGCCGCUGUUUCCUGGUGAAAGUGGGGUUGAUCAACUUGUUGAAAUCAUUAAGGUUUUGGGGACUCCAACCAGGGAGGAGAUCAAGUGCAUGAAUCCGAACUACACUGAAUUCAAGUUUCCCCAGAUAAAGCCUCAUCCAUGGCACAAGGUCUUCCAAAAGCGUUUGCCUCCGGAAGCAGUGGACCUUGUCUGCAGGUUUUUUCAGUACUCUCCCAAUUUGCGCUGCACUGCUCUGGAGGCUUGCAUUCACCCGUUCUUUGAUGAACUGAGGGAUCCGAGCACUCGACUUCCUAAUGGCCGUCCGCUCCCGCCACUCUUCAAUUUUAAGCCACAAGAGCUCUCGGGCGUCCCCCCUGAUGUUGUGAAGAAACUUAUUCCGGAGCAUGCUCGUAAGCAGAACUUAUUCAUGGCGCUGCAUACUUAGUAACCUUUCCGAGUUCCUUGCGCUUCUACUAGCCAAUAGCCGUGCCACGCGUCGCCAUACCACGUCAUGUCGUUUUAUUUUGUAUCAUCGUAUGUAUAAAGUAAAAAAAAAAUUGCCCCAUACCCGUAUCGUCUCUGUUAAGAAAACCAAAAAGUGAGUAGAACAAAGGAGAACCAAGGCUGUGAUGCUGAUGAACCUGGUUUUUUAUUAUAUAUAUUUUUUGUUGAA